UGGCAGUAAUAAGAAUGGCUCUCCAUGCUUUAGGGAUUUGAACCAAAGUUGCAAAAACGAAAAAUAGAAUUUGUAAAAGAAACAACCAAAAAUGUCCGCUAAAAAAAACCGAAACUUGUUCCCUUUCUUCUCGCAUGGUUCAUCGGAGAAUUUUAAUUGUUCAUGCAUUCUGGUUGGCUUCAAUUUUUUCCCCCUCUCUCUCUCUCUCCUUUCGAUUUCUUCCUCUGUUUCUGUUCAUUACACAACCUCCCAAAAUUUCUUUUCCUUUAACGUGGGUCCUUCAAUCUCUUGAAGGACCCCACCAUUGUUAAUCUCUUCAAGAAAAUAAUUUCCCUUUUUUUUUGGUUAUUAAGCUUUUUACAUAUUUUUUUACACGAAAACCAUGAAUUGUUUCCCGUGUUUCAGUUCACACAAGAGCAAAAACUCUUCUAGUAAAAACGAGACUAACCAAAACGAUGAACACGAUUUCAGACCACCUGUGGCGACGACAAAACAUAUAGAAGAAAGAGAAACAGAGCAAUUGCCGGUUAAAACGUUUAAUUUCCGGGAAUUAGCGACGGCGACGAAGAAUUUCCGGCAAGAAUGUCUUUUAGGAGAAGGUGGAUACGGUAGGGUUUACAAAGGAACUCUUCAAUCUACUGGCCAGUUGGUAGCUGUAAAGCAGUUCGACAAACAUGGUAUACAUGGAAGCAAAGAGUUUCAAGCUGAAGUCUUGUCAUUGGCUAAACUCGAACACCCGAAUCUUGUCAAGCUUAUAGGAUACUGCGCUGAUGGAGAUCAAAGACUUUUAGUCUUUGAAUAUGUCUCUGGAGGUUCCCUUCAAGACCAUCUUUACGAGCAAAAGCCAAGCCAGAAGCCGAUGAAUUGGAUAACAAGGAUGAAGAUUGCUUUCGGCGCAGCGCAAGGGUUGGAUUACUUGCACGAUAAAGUGAAUCCGCCGGUGAUAUACCGAGAUUUGAAAGCUUCAAACAUCUUGUUAGACGAUGAGUUUUACCCUAAGCUUUGUGAUUUCGGUCUGCACAAUCUAGAGCCAGGGACAGGCGAUAGCUUGUUUCUUUCUUCCCGGGUUAUGGACACUUAUGGUUAUUCAGCGCCUGAGUACACUCGAGGGGACGAACUCACUGUCAAGUCGGAUGUUUAUAGCUUUGGAGUUGUGUUGCUCGAGCUCAUCACCGGUAGAAGAGCUGUUGACACCACUAAACCUAAUGAUGAACAGAAUCUAGUUGCUUGGGCACAACCGAUAUUUAGAGACCCUAAAAGAUAUCCGGAUAUGGCAGAUCCUCUCUUGAGGAGGAAUUUCUCGGAGAGAGGGUUGAAUCAAGCAGUGGCAAUAACAUCAAUGUGUCUACAAGAGGAACCAACAGCUCGUCCUUUGAUAAGCGAUGUGAUGGUUGCGCUUAGCUUCCUUUCCAUGUCUACAGAAGAUGGUAUUCCAACCGCGGUUCCAAUUCUAUCCUUUAGGGACAAGAGUAUGUCGAUUGCUUUAAGCAGACACGGUUCUUGCUCUGUAACUCCUUUUUCUCUUCCUCGGAAAGAGGAUGAUAACGCAUCCAGUGUUUCAUCGGAGUCAGAAGAUGAAGAUGAAGAAGAACUAAGAAAGAGUAAGAAGAAGCAAGAGGAGGAAAAACCCGCUACAUGUUAUGAUGAUGAGUCUGAUUCAGACUUUGAAAAGGGUCAAGAAGAGAAACAUUCUCAGUUAGAGAAACCGGGAAGCUCUAGCAGCUCCUCCGACUCUGGAAGCGAGAGAAUAAGAAGGUCCACUGAUGAAACUAACGUAACUGCACAGAGCUUGAAGAUAAAGUACAGUUAUAGCUCUGAGGAAGAUGAUGACGAGAGGCUUAGCAGUAAAAGCAGCUUUAAAUCAGACGAAGAAAUCACUUCUUUCCGGUAUGACUGCGAUAGAGAUCAUGAUGAUUCGACGAUGAACACAAGCAGAGGAAUCAAUAGUCUUGCUCAUGAUGAUGAUGAUGAUGAUGAGGAGGAGGAGGAGGAGAAUCAUGAAACUCAUCUUGAGCACAUUCAUAGCUCAAAAUCUGAAGUCCAAAGUGUUUCUUCAGAUUCAGAUGAGGAUGACAAGGAGAAGAAUCCUGAAACUCAGUUUGAGCACACUCAUAGCUCAAAAUCUGAAAUCCGACGUGUUUAUUCAGAUUCAGAUGAGGAUGACAAGGAGAAGAAUCAUGAAACUCAGCUUGAGCACACUCAGAGCACAAAAUCUGAAGUCCAAAGUCUCUUCUCAGAUGACGAUGCAGGCCAAGGAAGUGGUGGGUCGUUUUUGCAUCGGUUCGAACCAGAGAAAGAAGAACACAUUUCUUCUUCUGAUGAAGAUUGAAUCUUUUCAAAAGUUUUUCUAAGAAGUGGAUGAUUAAGAAAGUCAUAUUUGAAAUCAUAUUUACAACACGAAAAAAUGUUUGAAAUCCCUUUUCGUUUUGAAACAAUCCAAUUGUCUUGUCAUAUAAAUCUAAUAUACAUAUGUCUGCAUUUCUUUUUAGAAAUAUGAAACCCAAACAAGUUUUUAUGUAUAUAUCUUGAAUACUAAGUACAUAUGUUAGGAAGAAAAUGUUUACAAUUUGUUAUCUAUCCAC